UACUCAAUGCUCAUUCUCCAACUUUGUUUAUUACUUGUAGGCCCCUUCCUUUUCUAACACUCUCUUUCUCCUCCUCUUUCCAAGGACCCAACAAUUAAAACCAGAACCCGCACAUACUGAGGAGCCCGAGUAGCAAACCCAAUGGCCGGCGAAGCAGCGGACCCCCUCCCUCAAAUUCUCACUCCAUGCGCCAGUUCAAGAAGAACAAGCGGUGAUUCCAACUCCCCCGAAUUUGAGUUUUGGAUGGUUAGAAAUCCUUCUUUUCCUCAGCCUAAUCUCCUCUCCGCCGAUGAGCUCUUCUCCGACGGCGUCCUCCUCCCCCUCCACCUGCUCCACCUCCCGGAUGAGCCUCCCCCGCUUGACUCUGAGGCAUCCGGGUCGGAUCGAGUCCCGGAACCCGAAUCUUCGUCGACUAAUGAAUUGGCUGAAUUGUCUGCAGUCAGUACCGCGUUGACUUCCUCGAAGCGUUGGACGGAUAUUUUCAAGAAAAAUGACAAGAAAAGCCCACAGGCGUCUAAUGCGGAUGAUCAGAGUGCAAAGGAGAAGGACAGCGGUGUUAAAGAGAGGAAGAGAGAGAAGAAGAAUGGUGGUGUCGGUGCGAGUAAUGGGGCGAGCGCGGCGGAGCUCAACAUUAAUAUAUGGCCUUUCUCAAGGAGUAGAUCCGCCGGGAAUGGCGGGACUCGGCCGCGAUCGGCGGCGGUGGCGUCUCGGAAGGUGAGUAGCGCGCCGUGCUCCAGGAGCAACUCAGCGGGUGAGUCCAAGUCCAGGAAGUGGCCUAGUAGCCCUGGCAGAGCAGGAGUUCACUUGGGAAGGAGCAGUCCUGUAUGGCAAGUACGCCGCGGCGGCGGGCGGACCUCAGAGUCCAUUCUGAAAAGAGCUGAAAAGGGUGUCAAGAAAGACGGAAAUGAGGGUCGUCGGAAAGCACCCGUCUCUGCUGCCGCCGGCGCUCCUAAAGCUAGGGUCUUGAGUUUGAAAGUUCCCAUGUGUAUUGGCUACCGGCAACAUCUGAGCUGUAGAAGUGAUCAAACAAGCACAGGAGGCGUUGCCGCCGGCAGCCAGAACGACGGAGACGUCUCCGGUGAAGGCGUACGUGGAAGUAAUUUAUUCAACAUCAGGAGCCUCUUUACCAAGAAAGUGUACUAAUCACUCCUAAACCACUAUAGUUAUUUUUAAUUUUCAUCUAUCUAAUUAGUAAUUAAUUACCACCCCUCGCACCAAAAAAAAAAGACAUUAUGUACCCCUAUGUAAUUAACCCAUAUCCAAAAAAAUUGAUGGAGAGGUAACUUUCUGAAAGGCUAUUUCUGUAAUUUAAAGGCUGCUGGUCGUGUA